AUGGUCAAAAAGAAAAAUGAGAAAUGGAGGAUGUGUUUAGACUUCACGGACUUGAACAAAGCAUGCCCGAAGGAUUCGUUCCCGUUACCAGAUAUCGACCAACUCAUUGACGCGACAGCCAGGCACGAGCUGUUGAGCUUUUUGGAAUCUUUCUCGGGCUAUAACCAAAUACUUAUGAAAGAAGAGGACCGGGAUAAAAUUACGUUCAUCACCUAUCGAGGAACAUAUUGUUAUAGAGUCAUGCCAUUCGGGUUGAAGAAAGCAGGAGCUACCUAUCAAAGAUUGGUCACAAAAAUAUUCAAAGAUCAGCUUGGCAAGACCAUGGAAGUAUAUAUCAACGACAUGCUGGCCAAAUCCGUAAAGCCGGAGGACUAUAUCGACCAUUUGAAGGAAGCUUUGAGACGGUACAUAAUGAAACUAAACCCAGAGAAAUGCGCGUUUGCCAUGGCCUUGGGGAAGUUUUUGGGUUUCUUACUGUCACAACUCGAAGUCAACCUAGACCAAAUCAAAGCUAUUGAAGGUAUACCAGAGCAAUUGACUACUAAGAAGCAAGUCCAAAGGUUGACUGGUCGAAUUGCCGCCCUAUCGAGAUGUCACGAUCCAAACUGA